UUGAUCAAACUUGACAGUUAGUGACACAAAGUGACAGUUAGUAUGUAUAGUUUGUGUCACUAGUCAAGUUUGACUGUCAAGUUUGAUCAAAUAACUGUAAAUUAUUUGAUGGUGAGAGGGGGCUCGAUUUGUACUGCGCGGCCGCGAACACUACUAUAGGCUGUUACUCAUCUCAUACCAUACUAAGGGAGAGAUUAAAUAUCCAGCAAACGACGGCACUGUUGCCAGAUUUAGUUUUUCCUUUUAGCGGGAAUUUUAAAAUUCGUCUGAUGCCACUUUGGUGUUAGAGUUCUGUAUUCUUAAAAUAACCUUACUUUUACAAUUAGGAUUAUUUUAUUUACAUCUAAAUAUUAAAACAAGUAUUGUUUAUUGUACUGUGUCAUAACUUAAAAUUCAUGUUGCAGUCUUUUGAAAAAAAAAAUGAAGCUCAAAAGAAAUAUACUUAAGGCGGCUGCACAAUUGACCGGGAACGGGAACGAGAACGGAAACAGGAACGAGAACGGAAACUGAAAGCAUCAGCAGAUUCACAAUUAAAUGGUAAACAGCUGUUUUGUGUCACUGUCACUUGUGCUAUUAAUUAUUUUUCUUCUCAAAAUAAAUUUUGUGGAACGAUCUUUUUCUAAUUGUAUUAAAAGAACAUGUCUGUUAACUCUAAAAAUAUGGAUUUAUUUGAUGACGAGCUUUUAUAAUAUUUUCGUUUUUUAUAAUCUUGGAACUAAUUUACACAAUAUGUGUGCAAUCGCAAAGGUUUGUCAGCAUAAAGAUAAAAAGCAUAUCAUUCAAAUAUUUAUAUUAUUAUUGUAUCUAAUUACCAAAAAUACCAAGUUUCUUGUAAAAGGUAUAUAUUAAAAUACCCUAAAUAAGGGUCACAAUACAAAACGUUUUCGGAUUAAGGAAUCCAUCAUCAGUGUUUAAAAGCCCUAAAAUUAAGUAUAACCUAAUUAAAUGAGAUAAAAGUUAAAAUUGACAGAGGUUUUCAAGAACAAGAGGUCAUACUUACAAAAUUUGCAUGCCUGAGCCACCAAAAUGUAUAGGGUAAAAACCCUUUAAAUGUAAAUAAUAAAGAUAUUUUACAUAUUUAUAUAAAAUUCAUCGGAUGUUAUAGAUAAACCUGGAUGUUACCCAGGGCAACACAGGACUCUCCCCACGUGGUUGGAACUUUUUUUUUUUUUUUGGAGAAAACCUCACAUAUUGGAUUUCAAUGGCCAACUGACAAGUGAAUUCAAGAGCAACCCGAAAUGACAUCAAGAACUGUCAAUGCAACCUAGUUGUAAUAUUACUUCAGCCACAACGUUAAAGAUUAAUUUAACGCUCGGUUCCACCAAGGUGAUCUAAGUAAAAUCUUACGUAAGUUUUGCUUAGUCAAAAAAAUUUCUUAGUUAAAAUUUGCGUUCCACCAUACAAGUUUUUACUUAACUUAGCCAAGAAAAAACUUAAAUUAUCAGAGAUACCAACUUUUCAAAACGGUCAAAAAUUCUUAACCUAUUGACACGUUUUUAAUGCAGAAACACAAAAAAAGAAGAAAAUUCGACAGUUAGUAAUGCGAAAACACCAAAAAAGAAGAAAAAUUGCGUCAUGUCAUGCUGUCUAUAAUCAAUGUCAUUUCAAUAUUUGUUAUGAUAGGUUUGUUCCAACAUGAACUUUUGGACGGCCCAAAAACCGUCACGAAACUGCUUGUACCGUUUGUUGUGCGCAUGUUCGUAAUUGUAUCGCCCAGUUAUCGUCCCAUGACGGUAAUCAUAUAUUUGUCAUUUUUGUUGGUGACAGCUUGUGUGCUUUUAGUCGAUCAAAGGCUCAAAAAAUUUAAAGAAUUAAAUCCUAGUGCUCAAGUCAGUCCAACCAGCACAUUAUGCAUUUGCCCGAUUACUGAAAUGAUCAUCACGAAACCGUCACCGAAAGAUCACAAUUCUUGUUGGAACAGUGGGAAGGACGAUCCGAUGACGAUCAUAUUUUUGUUGGAACGGAUUUUCUUUACUGCGCAGGAUCGUUACCGUUUCCUGACGGUUCUCGGUCGUGUUGGAACAAACCUGAUAUUGUACUUUUGCUUGCUCCUUUGUCCUUUGUUGUUUCGAAUUUAGUUUACUUGAUAAUUUAAUAUUAAUGUUUAUAUAAUAGUUUAGAGUUUAUAGUCAUUAAUUAGUUUAUUCUUAUUUUAGUUGUGAGUUUAAAUUUAAAAUAUAAUAGUUUAGUGUUAAUUAGUUGCUAGUGUAAAUAUUAGUUUUUAAAAGUUAGGUUAUAGUAACAGUAUUAAAAGUAUAUUGAUUAUGGAGAGAACCAGCAAAAGGGUAAACUUCUCUGCCCAAGAAAAGGAAGAGCUAAUCUUUUUAGUAUCUAAGUAUAGGGAAGUAAUUGAAAGUAAAAAAACCAAUGGUGUAUCUCCAAAAGAUAAAGAACAUACAUGGGAGCAAAUUCAUUUUGAAUUUAAUUCAAAAGGUUUAAACACCUUCAGAACAAAGGACCAAUUAAAGAAGUAUUGGGCCAAUAUCAAGCAACUAGAAAGGCAGGCGGCAGCGAGCCUAAAAAUAAAUAGAUUGGGAACAGGAGGAGGGCCAUUCCAGCCACAGAAUGAGCCAGACGAAAAUGUUCUCGAUAUAAUCAAUGCAAAAACUGUCAGUGGUUUAGACAAUGAAUUUGACGAUGAAAUUUUAUUGGAGCAAAAUCUUCCUAUAAUAUUAGAGACAGAAAAUCAAAACACAGAAUAUACACAGAUUAGUUCUGGAUAUGUUGCAUCUGUAAUAAAACCAAAAACAGAUAAUAUUUUAAAUUGCAAGGAGGUAACAGUGAUUUGCAACGAUUCACAACCAGGUACUUCCAGAAGCAACAAUUCAUCCGAGUACCAGCCUUUGUCAAAGCGACAAAAAAUUAAUUCACAAACUUAGGUUACGCCACCAUAUGUCGAACCCGCAGUUCCACCAAAACUAGAUGAAUUGAAGGCCCAGUUUCUGAGUAGCCAGAUUGAGGAACUGAAGGAGAAGGUGGAAAUGAGGAAACAAGAACGAUUAUUUCAAGGGCAACUCCAAGCUCUCCAGCUCAAGGAAAAACAAGCAGAAGUGGACAUUUUGUUACAAAAAAAAAGAAAACUUGAGCUGGAGAAUGACGCUCUAGAAAGGGAAAUUAAAAAAAAAUGUACAUAGAUAUUAAAAUAAAAAGUGAUUAUUAGAUUA